AUGAGCAGUGGGGUGGAAAGAAUUGUUGCUUUUUGUCCAGUCCGCUGUGACUGGGAAGGACCAAAGAGGGGAAUUUCUAAGGAGGGUGGGAAGAAAUCUUACAGUGGGCCAUGUGGGGGCCGCGACUGCAGCGCUGGAUGCAAAUGUUUUCCAGAGAAGGGUGCCCGGGGUCGACCAGGACCAAUUGGGCUUCAAGGACCGAUAGGUGCACCUGGAUUUACUGGCCCAGAAGGUUUGCCAGGAGCAAAAGGUGAGAGAGGAGCAGUGGGCCCCCCUGGACCAGCUGGACAGAAAGGUGACAAGGGCCCAAUGGGAGUUCCAGGAUUUCAAGGCAUCAAUGGGAUCCCAGGUCACCCUGGACAAUCUGGACCUAGAGGUCUGCCUGGCCUUGAUGGAUGCAAUGGUACCACUGGGAGUCCUGGAGUUUCUGGAUCAGAUGGGUUUCCUGGCCUUCCUGGGCUGCCUGGUCGUCCUGGCCCAAAAGGUCUUAAAGGAGAACCUGUUUUUGUUCAGGGCAGUCUUAAAGGAAUGAAGGGAGAAAAUGGUCUUCCUGGAUUGGAUGGAGUUUCUGGUCCAAAAGGUUUUCCAGGCCCAACAGGCCCUGCAGGCCCCAUAGGAUUACCAGGUUUGCAGGGUCCAAUGGGUCCCCCUGGGCCACCAGGGCCAAAAGGUAACAUGGGAUUAGGCUUUCAAGGAGAGAAAGGAGAAAAGGGUGAUGUAGGCCUGCCUGGCCCUCCAGGUCCCCCACCAUCCACUGGAAUACUGGAGUUCAUGGGAUUUCCAAAAGGCAAGCAAGGAGAAAAGGGUGAGCCAGGGCCUCGAGGAUUCCCUGGAGACAAAGGAUUGCCUGGCCUGCCGGGCUUUGGAGGUGUUGGAGAAAAAGGAGAAAAAGGUGUGCCUGGCUUACCUGGUGGCAGGGGUCUUUUGGGACUGGAUGGAUCUGAUGGGAUUCCAGGGAGAAAGGGUCAUCCAGGUCUUCCAGGCUAUCCAGGACUGGAUGGAGUCGAAGGCAUGAAGGGUGAAUUAGGUGACAUUGGUCCCCCAGGCCCUCCUAUUGUUAUUGACAGGGAAGGUGUAGUCAUUUCAGGUGCCCCAGGUGACCCUGGAAGCCCAGGAAUACCUGGUCCUCCAGGAGAUGAAGGGAUCAGUGGUUUACCAGGCCUUCCAGGAGCUCCAGGGUUUCCAGGCCUGAAAAGAGAUGGAAUGGGCCCUGGAGGGUCUCCAGGUAUUCCAGGUGUGAAGGGUGAAGUGGGAGAACCAGGAAGAGCAACGAUUGGAUUACCAGGCACUCGUGGCAGAGAGGGUUUACCAGGUCUGCCAGGAGCACCAGGAUUGCCUGGUUCACCACGCCCUUCGUUCCGCCCAGACACGAUCCUGGAUGGAAGGACUGGGGCCCCAGGGGAGCCUGGGCAAAGAGGGCUGCCAGGAGGUUUGGGUCCAAAGGGGUUUAAAGGAGAGGCAGGUGAUUGUGCUUGUGAUGGAGGAUUUACAAGAGCUGGUCUAAAAGGAAUCUCAGGUCCACCAGGACCAUCGGGAAACCCUGGUGUGCCUGGGAUUAAGGGCAUUGGUGGAGACCCAGGCACUGUGGGUGCACCAGGACUACGAGGCCCUCCGGCUUUGGCUGGUCAGCAAGGUCUUCCAGGCCUUAAGGGAGAAAAAGGGGAUUCAUCCUAUGCAGCAGGCAAAGGUGCACGUGGCGACCGUGGUGCAACAGCACCCAGAGGACCUUCAGGCAUCCCAGGAACCCCUGGCAGGGAUGGACUUCCAGGGUUGCCAGGUCCACCAGGCCCUCCAGGUGAUGGUGGUCUAGGUUUUCCAGGUGAAAAAGGACUGCCAGGAUUGCCUGGUUCCAAGGGCCAUCGUGGAGAAACUGGUUCUCCUGGCAUUGGAUAUCCAGGUCCUAGUGGAGUUCGUGGGCCGCCAGGUGACCCAGGAAUGGACGGAUUUCCAGGACAGGCAGGUCUUCCAGGCCCUGCAGGUAUCACCUUGCCCUGCAUAGUUCCUGGAGCAUAUGGGCCCCCAGGGACUCCCGGCUUUCCAGGAUUGCCAGGUCCAAAAGGCAGCAAAGGCUUUCCUGGCAUGCCAGGCCAAUCUGGAUUACAUGGGUCAAAGGGACAGCCAGGGUCUGCAGGCAUAGUAGGCUUGCAAGGAGAACCUGGCUUCUCUGGGCCUCGAGGAGAGCAAGGAUCACAAGGGCUUCCAGGACUGGAUGGAACAGAUGGCUUGCCUGGGAAAAUGGGUGCUUCAGGCUUAGCUGGAACAAAAGGAGCUCCUGGAGAUGUAUUUGGUGCUGAGAGUGGAGCCCUGGGAGAGCGUGGCCGACCUGGACUGCCAGGUGAUAAAGGGCUUACAGGUGAUCUUGGAUUUCCAGGACCAAAAGGGUUAGAUGGAAGACCAGGCCUCCUAGGUAUUAAAGGCGAACAGGGUAAUCCAGGAUAUUCGGGUGUCCCUGGAUUGCGGGGACCUCCUGGUCCUGGAGGUCCUUUUGGCAUUAAGGGAAAACCAGGACCCUUGGGGCCAGUUGGCCUUGCAGGAGCACCAGGACUUCCUGGAGUUAAAGGCUUGACUGGGGAUGUAGGUCCACAAGGUCCUGCUGGUAUGAAAGGCUUCCCAGGUCUUGAUGGUGCUCCAGGAUCUCCUGGAGAAAGAGGAUUCUUAGGGCCACCAGGGCCUUUUGGUCAAGAUGGACGUCCAGGUUUCUCAGGGCCAAAAGGCGAGAAAGGGUCUCCUGGCCUGCUUGGUUUCCCUGGCAUGCCAGGCUUGUCUGGUGUCCCUGGGGUGAAUGGGUUUAAAGGAACUCCUGGCACAGCUGGAGGAAAAGGGAUCCCUGGAGUUGUGGGACUCCAAGGUCAAAAAGGUGACAGAGGCGAUGUAGGUCCACCUGGUCUUCCUGUUCUUGGGCCUCCAGAACAGGCACUGCAAUUCAAAGGAGACAAAGGAGAUCCUGGGUUAGCUGGCCUUGGAGGAUUCCCUGGACCUAGAGGUGAUAAAGGAGUCCCAGGAAGCCGUGGACAACCUGGUCUCCCUGGUCCAGCUGGGUCAGCAAGCAAAGAGAGAGGUUUUCAUGGUGACCCAGGCUUCCCUGGUCCACCUGGUCAGCCUGGGCUGCCAGGACAGAAGGGUGCACAUGGUAUCACAGGAUUUCCAGGAAUGCCAGGAGAGAGGGGUUCAGAUGGUAUCACAGGAACACUUGGAUUCCCAGGACCUAUUGGCCUCCCUGGUCCAAAGGGUGACCAGGGAGAGUCUGUUGGCAUUCCUGGUGUUGCUGGAGCAAAAGGAGACCGAGGGGACCCAGGAUUCCCAGGAGAGAGAGGGAGAGAAGGACCCAAGGGUGAACCAGGCUACCCAGGAAGCACUGGGGUGAAUGGACUCAAAGGCAGCCCAGGAGAUCUAGGCCAAGAAGGACCAGCAGGAUUCCCUGGAAAUGCUGGGCUGAGAGGAAUCCCUGGGCCACCGGGACCUCCAGGGCAGCCAGGAUCUGUUGGAUUCCCUGGAGCUCGAGGAACAGCAGGACCUAAAGGGUUUCAUGGAUUUCCAGGUUUAAAUGGUUUGAAUGGCUUGCCAGGCACAAAAGGGUCUCCUGGAACACCAGGUCUGAGUGAAGCUGGACUGAAAGGCCCUGCAGGUCUCCCAGGUCCAAAGGGUGAAGAAGGUUCUCCAGGCUUGGCUAGAGGAGCUCUAGGAUUCCCUGGACCAAAAGGCUCAUCAGGAGACAUGGGACCCCCUGGACCUGUAGGACUGCCUGGCUUGCCAGGAACACCUGGAGUUUCUCUUCCUUCUGAUAUACGUGGGAGACCUGGGGAUGCCGGCCAUCCAGGAACUGAUGGGAGUUCAGGUCUUUCAGGUCCUCCAGGACCACGAGGGCCCCCUGGCCCAGCUUCUGACCAAGGUGACACAGGCAAUCCAGGUUUCCCUGGUGUUCCUGGCUUGCGAGGCAUUAAGGGUGAUGUGGGACUCACUGGUCCAAUUGGACUCCCUGGAGCAUCUGGAUUCAAAGGUGUAAGAGGGGAGCCUGGUCUUAUGGGGAUGCCAGGAAAAGAUGGGCCUCCAGGGGAUCCUGGCUACCCUGGGCUGAAAGGUGAAAUGGGCCGUCGAGGUCUCCCUGGCCAACAAGGGGCUCCAGGUAUAACCCCACAACCAGAAGAAAUCACAGCCCCUGCAGGUUUACCUGGUCUGCCAGGCAUUGAUGGUGUCCCCGGCUUUGAUGGAGAUCCUGGAUUUCAGGGCCCAGCUGGAAAACGAGGUGCAAAAGGUCUGCCAGGAAGAUCUGGUUUGAAAGGACGUGAUGGUUUACCUGGAUCACCUGGCGCAGUUGGAGAUCCAGGACCUUCAGGUGCCCCAGGACCACAAGGAUUUGAAGGUGUUGCUGGAAAGCCGGGCUCAAUUGGUUUUCCAGGAAUGCCUGGUCGGAGCGUGGGCGUUGGAUACACGUUAGUGAAGCACAGUCAAUCGGACCAAAUCCCACCUUGUCCCAUUGGAAUGAAUAAGCUCUGGGAUGGCUACAGUUUAUUGUACGUGGAGGGGCAGGAAAAGUCACACAACCAGGAUCUUGGUUUUGCUGGCUCGUGUUUGCCUCGCUUCAGCACCAUGCCUUUUAUUUACUGCAACAUCAAUGAAGUGUGCUACUACGCCAGUCGAAAUGACAAGUCCUAUUGGCUCUCCACCACUGCUCCUAUCCCCAUGAUGCCAGUGGACAGUGUUCAGAUCCCACAGUACAUCAGCCGUUGCUCCGUCUGUGAGGCACCUUCCCAGGCUGUGGCUGUGCACAGCCAGGACAUCACCAUCCCACAGUGCCCGCUUGGUUGGCGCAGCCUAUGGAUAGGAUACUCCUUCCUUAUGCACACUGCGGCCGGUGCAGAAGGUGGAGGUCAGUCCCUUGUCUCACCUGGCUCUUGCCUGGAGGAUUUCCGUGCUACUCCAUUCAUUGAAUGCAACGGUGCUAGGGGCACAUGCCAUUACUUUGCAAACAAAUACAGCUUCUGGCUGACAACUGUUGAACAGUCGCAGCAGUUUGUCAGUGCUCCCCCCUCAGAAACUCUGAAAGCAGGACAGCUUCGCACCAGGGUCAGCCGCUGCCAGGUGUGCAUGAAGAACUUGUAGUAACUCAAGUACAGUAACAUUAACAGUCUUUGCCAUCUAAGACUGGACAUCACUGACGUGAAGAAGGACAAAUCCAUAAACCUGUUGUGUGUGUGGUUGAUGGGUGAAUCAAGACAGCCAGAGUUCUACAGAAAUCAAGUUCCAGGCCCAGCAGUUUGACUGCACACAGAGGAGGAAAAGACCAGUGCUCUGAACCAUCUUUUUUAGGUUUUUUUUAUUAAUGGAACAUGGUGCUAUGCUUUUACUUCAAUAGGGUUGUUUUCCCUUAUUGAUAGCUACCUCAGAAAGUCUCUGUGACUUCCUCAUGAAUACCAAAGAGUAACUGAUGUCUCACAUGACACCACUCCUCUGGCCAAGGCACAUGCCAGUCAUCAGCAAGAGAGACUGCUCAGAAGUUACGUUUUAUUAGAGACUUUGCAAACAGUAUUUUGUCUAGUGUAAGAGAAUGAAGGCUCAUUCUUCUAUGAAAUACAGAGCUAGCUAAAAUUUAUCAGUGUAUUGUAGGUGACUUAGAAACACU